UGUUCAUUGAGAUAUUGAUUAAAGUCUUACUUUUAAAAAGGGGAAGUACGCAUUUAUGCUAAAUAUAUAUAUAUAUAUAUAUAUAUAUAUAUUUUGCCAAAAGUUUUGGGACACAUUAGAUUCAGGUGUUCCUAUCACCUCCAUGGCCACCUAGGCAUGCAGAGUGCUUCUAUAAACAUUUGUGAAAGAAUGGGUCUCUCUCAGGAGCUCUGUGAAUUCAAGCGAGGUACCAUAACAGGUUGCCACCUGUGCAAUAAGUCCAUCCAUGAAAUUUCCUUGCUACUAAAUAUUCCACGGUCAACUGUUAGUGAUAUUAUAACAAAGUGGAAGCAACUGGGACCAACAGCAACUCAGCCAUGAAGUGGUAGGCAGCAUAAAAUGAUUGGGCGGGAUCAGCACAUGCUGAAGCGCACAGUGUGCAGAAGUCGCCAACUGUCUGCAGAGUGAUAG